AUGCCUGGUUGGAGGGAGAGACGCUGGGGCUCCACCAGGCACGUCAAUGAAGCAGUCCCCAGCGCUUUGCAGCCUACAGACCCCUUACCACCUAAGCCAGUGGUGCAGCUCACUGCUACUCUCCAGCUGCCUAAUGGACUCACCCUGGAAGUCCCCAUUACGAUUGACUCAGGGAGCAACGCUGACUUCGUGGGGGUGCAGUUCGUCAAGCAGCAUCGCAUAGCGCUACUACCAGCCACGCUGCCUCUGAAUGUGGUCACUGUAGAUGGCAGGAAGUUGCUGGGUGGGCAAGUGGUACAACAGACGCCAUCCAUGCUGCUGAAAAUUGGGAAUCAUCGCGAGGUCAUCAGUUUCAAUGUCACCCAACUGUCAGACACGCCCAUAGUGCUAGGCAUGAGUUGGCUGGAUAGACACAGUCCAUCCUUGGCGUGGUACCAGCGGCAGCUCACCUUUGGCUCGUCCUACUGUGCACAACAUUGCAUCCAGAUUGGUGAGGACGAGGAGGGCCGGGAGGAAGGGCAACAGCUGCAUCUAG